UGCAGGAGUUGACUUUCCUCAGCAUUGAUCCCUCUUCUAUGCACCAUUGCUUGUUGCACCAUUCAUCAGCUCUGCUGUUUCCCCACUUUGCCAGGUUGGAUCGACUCCACCGCGCACCGCUCCCCAAAGACCCAUCAGGAGUAAAGCAGUCCCUUUUUCCAGGAGAAGCGCAGGAUUUGCGAUUCACCCCAACUCUCCCCCCUCCUGAAGGCGCUUUAGCGCAUGCAGAAAGGCGAGAACCGCCAAGAGUCCGUCCAUCCUUCGAGCUGCCACCGUCUCUGCAGAGCGCGCACGAGUGCACGCUCGGCGCACACAUCCCGUAAACACACAACGUGCGCGACGAGAGGGUUGAGGGGCGGUGGGGGUUUUGAGAGAGAGCGGGUCACAUGCACGCUCUCUGCGGGCUGCGGGAUCUCUCUACUGGUCCGCGAACGUGCGCGUCCAGCCUGCCUCUUCCCUUCUCCUCAGCCCCGGGACGGCAAUGACGAGAGACCGAGCGCUGUGAUCUGGCAGAGGCAGAUCGAGCCCCCCACCAUGCGCGGCGGGGCCAGCAGAGAUUGCAGUGCAGCAUCAGCCGCAGGCGCACGCACAAUGAAGACUGGAUUUACUACAACGUUGACGUUCUUUGCCGUCACAAAGUGAGAACAACCUGGAAUUCCACUCUUUUCUUUUUUGGCACGGUGGAAAUUAUCCCUCUCCCGAUAUUUGGUGGUUUGUCCCCCCCCCCCCUCCUGUUGUGCAGGGUUUGAGAGUGAGCACCAUCCGAGGCUGUAAGGGGACCGUUGCAAUGUCAUCUCACGCCACUGUUUUGGAGCUCCGUGGAAGGGAGACGCUGGGCUGAAGUGGUUCGGAAGUAUGUCCGCCAGCAGCAAAAGAAGCAAGAGGAGGAGUCCAAGGUGCAGCGACUGUGGCAUUGGUGGCCACGCCGUGCUGCGCUCCUUAACCCUCUUGCUUCUGGGGACCCUCAUCGCCGACCCCGUGGCGGCUCAAAAGCAGCGAGGGGGUUCCUCGGAGAAAGUGCCGGUCCUAAACAUUGCGGUGAUUCUGGGGCGCACACGCUACAUCUCCGACCGGGACAUCCGGGCGCUAUGGAGCAAGGAAGAACCCAUUGACGUCAACGUGGUCUCGCUACUCGUCAACGAGACAGACCCGAAAAGCAUCAUCACCAACAUGUGCGACCUGAUGUCCGGGACCAAGAUCCACGGUGUGGUGUUUGGGGAUGGCACAGACCAGGAGGCCAUUGCCCAGAUUUUGGAUUUUAUUUCCUCGCAGACGCUCAUACCCAUCCUGGGCAUCCACGGAGGCUCUUCCAUGAUCAUGGCGGAUAAGGAUGUAAAGUCGACGUUCUUCCAGUUUGGCGCCUCCAUCCAGCAGGAGGCCCUGCUGAUGCUGAACAUCAUGGAGGAGUACGACUGGCACAUCUUCUCCAUUGUGACCUCAAAGUUUCCCGGCUACCAGGAGUUUAUCAACAUUCUAAAAACCACCGUGGACAACAGUUUCGUGGGCUGGGACCUGCAGAAUAUCAUCGUUCUGGAUGCGGUGGAGGAAGACAGCCGCUCUCAGAUCAUGCUGAAGAAGGUCCAGUCCCCCGUGGUGGUGCUCUACUGCUCCAAGGACGAGGCCGUCUACAUCCUGGAGGAGGCGCGCUCGCUAGGCCUCACGGGCUUCGGCUACAUCUGGAUCGUGCCGUCCCUGACCACCGGCAACCCGGAGAUAACGCCGGAGGAGUUCCCGUCGGGGAUGAUUUCCGUCUCGUACGACGACUGGGAUUACCCGUUGGAGGCGCGCGUGCGCGACGGCCUGGGCAUCAUCACGUCGGCGGCGGCGGCCAUGUUGGAUGAGUACGGCGACAUCCCCGAAGCCAGGACGUCUUGUUAUGGCCAGAUGGAGAAGACUAGCAAGCUUCCGCCCAGCGCACUGCAUAAGUACAUGAUGAACGUGACGUGGGAAGGCCGAGACUUGUCCUUCACGGAAGACGGGUACCAAGAACGUCCAAAGCUGGUGGUCAUUGUUCUCAACAAGGAGCGAGAGUGGGAGAAGAUGGGGAAGCUGGACAACGGCAGCCUGACCCUCAAGUACCCGGUGUGGCCCCGCUUCAACUCCUUCGGCGACGCCGAGAUGGACGACAACCACUUGUCCAUCGUCACGCUGGAGGAGAAGCCGUUUGUCAUCGUGGAGGACGUGGAGCGACUGACCGGCACCUGCAUGAGGAACUCCGUGCCCUGCAGGAAACAUAUCAAAGACAACACGACUGAGGCUGGCGGGACGUACAUCAAGAAGUGCUGCAAAGGCUUCUGUAUUGACAUUCUGAAGAAGAUAGCCAAGUACGUCAAGUUCACCUAUGACCUGUACCUAGUAACCAAUGGCAAACACGGAAAGAAGAUUAACAAUAUCUGGAAUGGGAUGGUGGGAGAGGUGGUCUAUAAGAAAGCCGUCAUGGCCGUCGGAUCUCUGACGAUCAAUGAGGAGCGUUCUGAGGUCAUCGAUUUCUCUGUCCCAUUCGUGGAAACUGGUAUCAGCGUCAUGGUGUCUCGCAGCAAUGGAACCGUGUCCCCUUCAGCCUUUCUCGAGCCAUUCAGUGCAUCAGUGUGGGUGAUGAUGUUUGUGAUGCUCCUACUGGUGACUGCAAUGGCCGUCUUCAUGUUCGAAUACAUCAGUCCCCUCGGCUUCAACAGAAACCUGGCGCAGGGAAAAGACCCCCACGGCCCCUCCUUCACCAUGGGCAAGGCGGUGUGGCUGCUCUGGGGUCUGGUCUUCAACAACUCCGUCCCGGUCCAAAAUCCGAAGGGAACCACCAGCAAGUUCAUCGUGUCCGUGUGGGCCUUCUUCGCCGUCAUCUUCCUGGCUUCCUACACUGCGAACCUGGCCGCGUUCAUGAUCCAGGAAGAGUUUGUGGACCAAGUCACCGGGCUUUCUGACAACAAGUUUCAGAACCCGUACGCUUACUCGCCUCCAUUCCGCUUCGGCACCGUCCCAAAUGGGUCCACUGAAAGGAACAUCAGGAAGAACUACCCUUCCAUGCACCAGUACAUGGUGAAGUAUCACCAAACGGGAGUUGUGGAUGCACUUGUCAGCCUCAAAUCUGGGAAACUGGACGCCUUCAUCUAUGACGCGGCGGUGUUGAACUACAUGGCCGGCAGAGACGAAGGGUGUAAGCUGGUGACCAUUGGCAGCGGGUACAUCUUUGCCACCACCGGCUAUGGCAUCGCGCUGCAAAAAGGCUCGUACUGGAAGCGACAGGUGGACCUGGCGAUUCUGGCCAUCAUCGGAGACGGUGAAAUGGAGGAAUUAGAAGCGCAGUGGUUGACGGGCAUUUGCCACAAUGAGAAGAACGAGGUGAUGUCCAGCCAGCUGGACGUAGACAACAUGGCGGGGGUCUUCUACAUGCUGGCCACCGCCAUGGGGCUCUCCCUCAUCACCUUUGUGUCUGAGCAUCUCUUCUACUGGAGGCUCCGAUACUGCUUCACCGGUGUCUGCACGGGCACGCCUGGUCUUCUCUUCAGCAUCAGUCGGGGUAUCUGGAGUUGCAUCCAUGGAGUUCACAUUGAUAUGAAGAAGAAGAGCGAUCUGGACUUCAGUCCGCAGGACAAGAUGCUGAAGCUCAUCAAGUCUGCCAAGCACAUGACCAACAUGUCUAACCUGGCCGGCUCGCACAUGAACUCGCCCAAACGGGAGUUCAUGCACUCGGCUGGCCCUAUGAUCAUGGACAUGAUGGCAGAGAAGGGCAACUUCAUCUAUGCUGACAACAGAAGCUAUGCUCCCAAAGACAUGAUGUACGGGGACACGGGUGAUUUGCAGUCUUAUCUGACCAACCGCCACAAAGACCAUCUGAACAACUACAUCUUCCAGGGAGGCCAACAUCCUCUGACCUUGAAUGAUGCCAAUCCCAACUCUGUAGAGGUGGCAGUUAGUGCAGACGCAGUCCAGACCAACGCUAAACCACCACGCACUCUGUGGAAAAAGUCGGUUGAUACACUCCGCUCUGCGCCACCCGGACCGUCGCCCAUGCCUGACAUGCUAAUGCCAGACCCGCGGAUUUCAAUGAAGACACAACGCUACCUCCCCGAGGACACGGCCCACUCUGAUAUCUCCGACUGCUCCAGCAGAGCGGCUUCAUACAAAGAUCCAGAAAACAACAAGCACCUUAAAGGCAAGGACAACUUAAAAAAAAGACCUGUGACUUCAAAAUAUCCAAGAGACUGUAGUGAAGUUGAGUUGUCCUACUUGAAAACUAAGCAGGUCAGCGGCGGAACCAACCAACUUGGCAGAGGAGGUGGAGAGAAAAUCUACACGAUCGACUCCGACCGGGAGAUGAGCUUGCACUCGGACCCCGUACUCUACCGGGAGAGUCGUGGCCUCGCAGCUGAUGAUUUGGAAUACCCUGAAAUCUACUCUGACCACAGUGAUAACUAUCGAAAAUGUGAGCAGCCCAUUAUCCAUCUGAACUCAUCACCACUACAUCAUACAGAUUCAGACCUGCUUCCGGACCCAACUUAUGCGAAACACUACAACAUGAAAGAGAAAAAUGUUUCCAUGUCCCCGCAUGAGUCGAUUGAUCGCUAUAAACAGACACACUGUCGUUCCUGCUUGUCCAAAGUGACUGCUAGCUACCCUCCAGCAGGGGCUUACACUCCUGCGGUAUCUGCCGCAGCUUCUGCUACGCGCUCACCAUACAACCGAUGUGAAGCAUGUCUCCACACUGCAAACCUGUAUGACAUUAGUGAGGACCAACUUCUUGCAGACUCCUUGGUCAGCCCCACCCUGCACCACCACCAACAGCAGCAGCAACCAGAUGAAAUGUUUGGUCUGUAUUGGCCACAAACAGACGGGCCGCACGUCCAGAAGAGAAACCGCUUGAGGCUGAGUCGGCAGCAUUCCUUUGACAACAUACUGCUAGAGAAGCCCAAGGAUGUAGACUUGGGGCGACCAGCACGCAGCGUCAGCCUCAAGGAGAAAGAUCGUUUUCUGGACUCCUCAUCUGACUCGCACUACGCAAACCUCUUCAACAUGCGUCCCUACUCCGGCAGACUGUUCGGCACCACGUCCAAAUCCAUGAUGUUUAAUCACAACCUGGAGGAGAGCAAGAGGAGCAAGUCCCUGUACCCGGCCCAUGGCUCGGAAAACCCUUUCCUCAGCCACUCGCUGAGAGACGACACCAGCAGCAGACUGGUCCACGGGCGUAGCUCCUCUGAUAUUUACAAACAGCUGGCAGUGGCGUCGCCAGCAGCGAUUCUCGGAGCAGCCCCCAUCAAAACACGCAACGAGGCGAACAAUCUUCGCUCUUCCGUGAAAUCCACCACCUCAUACUGCUCACGGGAUGGGCGGAUACCUAACGACAUGUACAAUAAGGAGCAUGUAAUGCCUUACUCUGCAAAUAAGACUUGUGCGUACCCAGCCUCGCGUGGCGUCCUAAACUCAGCGCAAUUCAGCAAUAGACGAGUGUAUAAAAAAAUCCCCAGUCUGGAGUCCGAUGUUUAGUCCGAAACCAUGUUUUCUCCUGUUUGGAUUUGUAUUAUUCUCAUUUCUUAUCCACUAAGGGAUGCCAUAGCCACACUUUUCUUCUCUUGUAGUCUAGAAGAACCUUUGCCCAUUUGGGUGUGAAAGUUCUGCUUCUGUUACUGCAGACGAUAUCACAUUUUUUUUGUUCGUUUCCUGCCGUGUACUAAUCAGUUGGCUGCUUCUGAUAGUUCUUUGUCAUUUUAUGUCUCGCCGUACUCAGGAGAUGAGGUAUCAGCUUUCUCGGUAUUGGUAAGAAACACGGUUCAAGAGAACAUCCGAGAGUUGCCGGGGGAACAUAGCGUUUGUUGAUUCGAGAUGGGAACGAACGAACGUAAUCCAAUCGUCCGUUUGUCUCCAACCUUUUCCGACAAGAACGUGGCUAAGCAGGGAGACCGGAUGGGUACGUGGAGGUCUUUGGCGAGACAAAGAGGCAUCCCUGGAGAGCAGGGUACCGUGAUGAGCUGGUCCAACAGUCUGCUGCUUGUUACGCUGGCAAACGGCGAUGCCUGGCAGAGCACAACGCGAAAGUUGAGAUGAACAGUUGGUUCAUUUCCAGGCAGUCGUUCAGUCGCAGUUUAGUCUUGAGAACAUGGCAGUAGGAGAUACCAAUGUUUACAGACUGAAAAAAACAAAAAAUGCGGCAAAGUAUGGCUUUCUAUAAACUUUAAGAUUUCUUGGAGAUUCUGGCACUGGCACCUAUGUAGGCGUUGAGUGUUUGCUUCAUAGUUAGCACAAUAGCCAUUAGUUUUCAAACCUUUCUCCUACAAUCACUUUUAAAAAGCAAGGCUUUUUUGAAAAAAAAACAAAAACAUUAUUUUUGCACGUGCAGAUCUUUACCCCGUUGUAGAUUAGAAGGGGGAAAAUAAACCACAUACUCAUAAGUAUAUUUUCCAUCAACAAGGAUGUGGCUGACGGACGUUUGUACAAUCGAAAUUCCGACCUUAGUAAAGCAGCGUCAAGCCGAAAGGCGUCGAAGGGGAAGAGUUGACGAGCGGAUGCAACCGUUAUUUUUUUAAACUUUCUUUCGACCACCUUGCCAAUGACAAACAGGGUAUUAGUUACUAGAAAAAAACAGGCGAAUCCUUUCCCCUUCCAUGCUUUGAUAAACAUCACACUCCAAUCGGGUGUGAAAUUGCUUCCGUCGUUUGUUUUUUGUUUUUUUGUACAUGAAAGAUCUGACCUGUGGUCUCGUGAAGAACAGUUUCCUGAAGUCUCCACCAUCGAUGUCGAGCAGGGUAACCGUCACCGAGACUUAGGUCUGACAACAGACAGAGGAGGUUUUGUGUGUGCGUGGCAGCCCUUGGAUGAGCUUAAGGACGAACAACUUCCAAUUAUUUAUACACUUUGAUUUUUAUUUUCAUUUUGUACGUACAGUAGGUCUGGAUUAGUUUUUGUCUCAUCCCUGGACUCAUGAUGCAGUAUUAUCUGCUCACAGAUGCCACCUGGUGUUUUUUUGGAGACCCCGCAUAAAUGAACCACCCUCAUGCUUCUCCCACAUGCCAGGGUUAUCACAGGGAAAGAGGCCAGAACAACUCCAGACCCACUGCAGCUUCGAGGAAAAUGUCCGUUGAAAAUGUCUAGUUUGGGGAGAAAACACAGUAUGAUCGAGUUGCUUUGAUGGACGGGAAUUGACAAAUUGUAUCAAAUGAUAUACCUCAGGAUGGCGAGUCUGCGCAUUGCGGGGGAGCUUCAACCAUCGCGUCACGGGAAGACAAAGAUUUUGUAGAAAACGAGAAAACGUCAAAAAAAUGUUUAUAGUUGCAGCAAACGGAACCAAACCUGUUUUUUUCUCCCUGUCAAGGUCUUCCUUAACUUGCGACUGAAAUGUCCAACAAUCCAGCAGCCCUUUGGUGGAUAUUUUAUUUUCUAUAUAUAUUUUUUUUUAUUAUUAUUUUUUUUAGUUGAAGCUCCGCAAACACAUUCAUAUCUCAUUUCAUACUCUUGGAAUACUUCCUUCCAUUGCUUCCGCUGACCCUACUGACUGAUGAGCAAUAUUUUCCUCCUUAAUUAUAUUUAUUUUUGCAUCUUAUCUACAUAUUUAUUAUUAACAUAUUUAUAUCCACACACUGAUCGUGUGAGCGGAUGAGUGAACAAUAUUCACGUGUAUUUAAAAAAAAAAAAAAGAAAAAAAAAAAGAAAGAAAGAAGAAGAUAUCAAACAGCACCCUUGCAUUUUAUUAUGGACUCAUGACAUAUGGUUCUGUUCUUUCUACGUUUGCAGAACCGUCAUGUAAGAGUGAUGCUGUUUUUACGUUGGGAACACACAACACGCACCCCCUGUGAUGACAACCCUGCUCUUUUUUUAAAUGACAAAAAAUGUAUUUUAAUUAACGGUAAAUAAUUGAGGUGAUGGCAUGCAACCCAAGAUGUAAUGAUGUUUUCUGUUUGCUUUCAUUUUGUCAUGAUGGUAUGAUCACUAAUGCAUUGUAACCAGGUGUGAGUAUAUACAUAUUUGAGGGGAGAGGGGGGGGUUUACAGUGGGUCUGGAUUUAGUUCUUGCCUCAUCCCACACAGAAUCCAUGUGAAGACCUGACACAGUACGGAAGGGAUUCAUGUGGCCCCAGUUUAGCUAACACAUGGAACGUGACAAAUUGGGGGCUGCACUAUCCACAUUUUUUGAGUGUUAAAUAUCUUAAAACAGAGGUUUUGAUUUCGGGGCCCGACUUUUUCACUACACCGGGGCCCGUGACACCACUUAAAUAACACAAAAUGAGUCAACUUACUCUUUAUAUCUAACCUACUUACAGUUUACAACCUCAUCAAAUGACAUGAAAGAAUGUGUUACUCACAAAUGUUAUUUAUUUAACACAUCAAAUUUGGCUUAGGUUAGGCUGAUUAGAAAAACAAAUACUAACCAAUUGUACUUUAUAAGUAACUGACACAAAUAUAUUUACACACAAAAAAAGUAAAUUAAUGGUGAAUAUGUUUCCUAAUCAAACUGGCAAUACAAAUAUAAUGGAAAUGUAAAAAACAGAUCCAGGAAUUUUUGCGCCUCAAAAAAUGAGCUCCAGAUUUUUUGUUUGUUUUCUUUUCUGCCACACGUGGUGGAAAAAGGUAUUACAACUGGCCACAGCUGAGAAACACAUGUUUGGCGGCCCUAUGGUUAAAAAAACAUUGUCUUAAAAUGUGUUUUGUGGCGAUGCCAACGUUGACCACAGCCAUGUAGAGUGGCGUUUUCCAUAAUUUUCAGCAGAUUGCAUUGCAAAAAUGAUUGUUAUCUUUCUUAAGUAAACUGUCGAUAUAAUUAAAGUGACAUUAAAAAUACAGAUUCAACACUAUAGUCCAAAUGUUUUCGCUUAGAAAAAACUUAUCUGACUGUAGUUUCAGAUUUUUUCCAUUUAAAAUUCUCUUUACUGCCACAAGUGGUGGAAAAGUGCAUUACCACUGAGUACGGACCACAACUGAGAAACUUUGGCAGCCCUAUGGUUAAAAACACUGUCUUAAAAUGUGUUUUGUGGUAAUUCCAACGUUGACCACAGCCAUGUAGAGUGACAUUUUCCAUAAUUUUCAGCAGAUUGCAUUGCAAAAAUGAUUGCUAUCUUUCUUAAGUAAACUGUCGAUAGAAAUUAAGUGAAAUAGAAAGUACAGAUUCACCACUAUAGUCAAAAUGCUUUCACUUAGAAAAACUUCUCUGACUGUAGUUUCAGAUUUUUUCCGUUUAAAAUUCUCUUUACAGCCACAAGUGGUGGAAAAGUGCAUUACAACUGAAUACGGACCACAACUGAGAAACGUAUUGUUUGGCAGCCCUAUGGUUAAAAACACUGUCUUAAAAUGUGUUUUAUGGCAAUUCCAACGUCGACCACAGCCAUGUAGAGUUCUGUGUUCCAGCGUUUUCAGCAGCCUGCAUUGCAAUAAUUAUUGAUAUCUUUGUUAAGUAAACUGUCAAUACAAUCACAGUGCAAAUGAAGAUACAUAUUAACCUGUUUAAAAAUGUAUCUGACUGUAGUCUCAGAUUUUUUCUGUUUGAUAUUGUAUUUAUUGCCACAAGUGGUGGAAAUCUGUAUUAUAACUGAGAAGUACAUAUUGUUUGGCAACCCUCCAGGGGGCGCUCACGGCUCUAUGGUUAAGAAACACAUUUCAACAUUGAACCGUGCGUCAGUUGCCAUGUAGAGUGGUGCUUUCCAUCAUUUUCAGCAGACCGCAUUGCAAAAAUGAUUUAUAUAUUUCUUAAGUAAACUUCCGAUAAGAUUAAAGUGCAAAUGAAAUCCCAGAUUAACAAAUUUUGUCAUAAUUUUUGCCCUUUAAAAAAUUUGCUCCAGAUUUUUUUCGGUUUGAUUUUGUCAUUACUGCCACAAGUGGUGGAAAAGUGAGAAACACAUAUUGGUUGGGCAGCACUAUAGUUAAAAACACUGUCUUAAAAUGCGUUUUGUGGUGAAUGCAACGUUGACCACAGCGCCAUUUGCCAUUUAGAGCGGCACUUUCCAUCAUUUUCAGCAGACUGCAUUGUAAACAUUAUUGAUAUCUUUCUUAAGUAAACUAUCAAUAAAAUUAAAGUGCAAAUGCAAAUACAGAUUCACCACUUUUGUUACAAUUGUUGCGCUUAAAAAAAGUACUCGGACUAUAGCUCCAGAUUUUUUCUCGUUUGAUUCUGUCUUUAUUGCUACAAGUGGUGGAAAAGUGUAUAACAACUGAGUGUGGACCACAGCUCAGAAGCACAAAGAGUUUGGGGGCACUCACAGCCCUAUGGUUAAGAAACACUCUCUUAAAAUGUGUUUCGAGGCGAUUCUAACAUUGACUAUUGAAUCAGUUGACAUAAAGACUGGCACUUUCCAUCAUUUUCAGCAGACUGUAUUGCAAAAAUAAUCAUCUUUCUUAAGUGAAAUUUCGAUAGAAUUAAUACAGAUUUACCACUUUAGUCAUAAAUGUUGCGCUUAUUUCUCAGACUGUAAUUUCAGAUUGUUUUCUGUUUGAUAGUUUUUACUGCCACAAGUGGUGGAAAAGUGUAUUACAACUGAGUAUGGACCAUAACUAGGGGGGCGCUCACGGCCCUAUGGUUAAGAAACACUGUCUUGAAAUAUGUUUUGUGGCGAUUCCAAAGUUGACCCCGGCGUCAGUUGCCAUGUAGUAUGGUGCUUUCAAUCAUUUUCAGCAGACUGCAUUGCAAAAAUGAUUGAUAUCUUUCUUAAGUAAACCGUCGAUAGAAUUAAAGUGCAAAUGAAAACACAGAUUAACCACUUUAUUCAUAAUUUUAGCGCUUAAAAAAACUUUUCUGACUCCAGCUUCAGAUUUGUUCUGUUUGAUAUUGUCUUUACUGCCACAAGUGGUGGGAAAGUAUAUUACAACUGAGUAUGUACCAUGGCUGACAAAAACAUUGUUUGGCUUCCCUGUAGGGGGCGAUCACGGUCCUACAGUCAGGAAACACUCAGUGGUCUAGUGGGUAGAGUGUCCGCCCUGAGAUCGGUAGGUUGUGAGUUCGAAUCCCGGCCAAGUCAUACCAAAGACUAUAAAAAAAUGCGACCCAUUACCCAUUACCUCCAUUACCACUCAGCAUUAAGGGUUGUAAUUGGGGGUUAAAUCACCAAAAGUGAUUACUGGGCGCGGCACCGCUUCUCCCCACUGAUCCGCUCACCUCCCAGGGGGAGAUCAAGGGUAAUGGGUCAAACGCAGAAAAUAAUUUUGCCACACCUAGUGUGUGUGUGAAAAUCAUUGGUACUUUAACUUUAACUUUAACUUUAAAAUGUGUUUCGUGGUGAUUCCAAUGUUGACCACAGCGUCAGUUGGCAUUUCGUGUGCCGCCGCUUUCCAUUAUUUUUAACAGACUGCAAUGCAAAAAAUAUUGAUAUCUUUCUCAAGUAAAAUGUCAAUAAAAUUAAAGUGCAAAUGCAAACACAGAUUUACUACUUUAGUCAUAUUUUUUGCACUUAAGAAAACAACUCGGACUAUAGCUCCAGAUUUCUUUCUGUUUGAUAUUAUCUUUACUGCCACAAGUGGUGGAAAAGUGGAUUACAACUGAGUACGGACCACGACUGAGAAACAAAUAUUGUUUGGCGGCCCUCUAGCGGGCGAUCACAGCCCUAUGGUUAAGAAACACUGUCUUGAAAUGUGUUUUGUGGCCAGAUUAACCCCUUCCCUACUGUGAGUCCGAAAGAGAUGAUACCUGGUGGUUGUUUGAGCACACUGCAGCCAGUCCUGGGUAGUCCGGUCACAUACAGGAUUCUCACAGGAAUGAGGCAAAAUACAAUUCCUUCAGACCCACUCUUCGUUAGACACAGUGAAGAUGCUGCUUCUUCUUCGGGGGGCGGGGGUGGGGAGGUGCGGGUCCUGACCUCGUGGCCCCUCUCCCCUCAUCCUCUCCCUUCAUUGGCUCGUCGGGUCAUUAUCAGGCCCCCAGGUCGGAGGUCAAAGCUGGGUUUUGGCGUGGCGGGACAUCCUUGCUCUUCCUCCGUGGCAGGUGAGAAUUUAGAAAAAAAAAAAAAAAACUAUCACCAGCGCUGCUUCUCUCUUCCUCCUCCUCGUCGACCCAGUACUCCGCCGGCCAACACCACAAAAACAUUGCAGAAAAGGAGAGGAAAAAAAACAAAACAAAGACUGAGUCGGCUCUCCCUCCAAAGAUACUCUUUUCUUUAUGGUUUGCUGUAAGAAACGCUUUUUGUAAGGGACACAAAACAAACUGUUAAUUUGGGUACAAAUUCCUGAAAGACGUUUAAAGGAACUAUUUUGAAUAUGAUUAGGAAACACACCUGUAAACGUCACCUGUAAAUGACUGGAAUUCAUCAUCAUGGAGGAUUGUACAUGAGGAAGAGGAAAAACAAUAUUUUUUGUGUGAACUUCACAGGAGCUCUUCUGUACAGUGGCUCUCUCUCUCUCUUUCUUUCUCUCUCUCUCUCUCUCUCUCUUUCUCUCUUUUUCUCUCACUCUCUCUGUCUCUGUCUCUCUCUCUGUCUCUCUCAAUGUCGAGCGACUAGAAUAAAACUUCACCAUUCACAAGA